AUGCGGCGCGUUGCAUCCUUCAUGGGAGGUCCAACGCAAUGGCGAUGGGGCAGUAGAGUUUUGUGGAAACGCCAGGUGUUGAUUGCCUCGACUGCGCUCAGUGAAUACCACUUGAGAUCCAUUUCCGCACUGUCGCCAUCCUUGUGGAAUUGCCGACGCUUGUUUCACCAGGCGACUCGUCUUCGGCUGGAGCCGUCAAAGGGAGUUCCUGCGGCGGAGGGGACAAAUACGUUCAGGACGGAAUGCCCACAAGGGAAAACCGAAGAAGAAAAGCGCAAGAUACAAAAACAACAGCAACCGAGGCGCCAGAAAACUGCGGUGAAGGAGAAAAUUCAGGCGACAGAGGGCUCCAUUGUGUCAGCGGAGGCCUUAAGCAAGAUUCCUGUAUACCGAGUGGUGAGUCAUGUCAUGCGGCACUUGUGGCCGCCCGGGCAGCCAAUGUAUCGUGUGCUGGUUGUCACCAGUGUGAUUUGCGUUGUCACGGCAAAGGUUCUGAAGGUGGCGGUACCUUUUUGGUUUAAGAUGGUCGUUGACGCCCUCGCGCCCGACCACAACGUUGCCAAUGCUGUGGUCGUUCUUGGCCCAUUGCAGCUUGGCGUCUUUGGGAUGGUCGCCGCGUACGGCAUCACUCGGCUGACAGGCUCACUCACAGAGGAACUCAAAUCCGCACUUUUUGCUCCUGUUGGCAGCCAUGCAUCUACUACAAUUGCCAUGGAGAUGUUCCGAAAACUGCAUUCUCUGGAUUUGAACUUUCACUUAAGCCGUGAGACGGGAGUUAUAAGCAAGGACCUCGAUCGCGGAAGCCGUGCAUUCUGGUCCCUUGCCUAUGCUCUGCUAUUCUUAGUUAUUCCCACAGCAUUUGAGGUCAUGCUUGUUUGCACGGCACUACAAACUAGCGCGGGCCUUAGUUUUAUCGCGACGGCUUUAUCGGCUGUUUUUUCGUACAUUGGAUGG